GAUUCAUAUAAAUAUUCCAUCAUAUAUUUUAUUAACAAAAAAUGUUCUUAUAUUUAAUUAAAAAACACAUAAUUUUCGGUUAAAUGCAUUAACGGGAAUGCAUAGAAGCGAUUUAUGAUGAGCGAUGGCGUGAAUAUUGUGAUAUUUUAACAAAUAAAAACAAAAAGUUUUUACAGAACUCGGAUGGUUGGAUAAAAAAAAAUAUUUUAUGUAGAAAAAGAGAAAAAAAGUGUGAAGAAUUUUUUUUUACAUUAUUAAAUCUUUCACUCGAUCCAGCAAGUUAGCGAAAAAAAGAAAGAAAAAAAAAGUAAUUUACUAAAAAUGACAUGAAGCAAAAAUUGAAAGAAAAAUUUAAUGUCGGAGAUAAAGUGAAAAAAACAAAUUUUACAAAAUGUGUAAAAAUGUCAAAAGAAGUUGAAAAUUUGAAAAAUGGAGUUUUAAAUGGAGAUUCUGUGAUAAGUAAUAAUCACAUUCAGCAGCAACAGCAUACGAAAUUGAAUAAUUCUAAUGUGGAUUCGACAACGAAAGCGAUUGUGGGCGGAAGAUUACAGUUUUACAAAGAUGGAAAAUUUAUAUUGGAACUAGCACGUGCGCGUGAAGGUGAAAAAACUGGAUGGAUUUCUGUACCGAGGAAAACAUUUUGGCCACCAACAAUAUCAACAAAUUCAAGUACAACAUUUAGCAAACAUGAAAGCUCUACAUCGCUAAGUUAUUCAGAUGACAAUAGUUCCAUACAAUCAUCGCCAUGGCAGAGAGAUCAUUGCUGGAAACAAUCGAGACCUCGUCCAAAUAUCUCAAAGGAAAUGACCUUUUUUUACAAUCGUCCGACACGUCUUUAUUUAACAGGCGAUUGUCAAAAAGUUUCACGACUUAUGCGUCGACGUCCAUUACACAAAUGUGGCACAAUAAAAUUUAAUGAUGAUAAUAUUAAAAGGGAGAAGAAAGUCUAUGGUGAAGAUGUGGUGACGUCAAGUACGGAUAAGAAAAGUGAAAAUGAGAGUGAUGGAAAGGAAUCGACCUCAUCCUCAACGUCAUCACCAAAUGAUUCAAAAGAGAGUAUUAGUGAUACAUUGGAGAACAAUAAUAAGCUAACAGACACAACAACAGCAUCUACGACAAGUACAUCCGUUAAGAUGAGUCAACAUAAAUUGGAUAAAAUUCUAAAGAAACUUGCUGAUAGAAUAUCAACGAAAUUAGCACUUAAUGGAAGUAGCACAAAUGGCCAUCAUGCUAACAAUAAUAAUAAUAAUAAUCACACGACAUCGAAUUUACCGCCAACAAGUUAUUCACUUGCAUCGCACAUUGUAAAUUCCAUAAAUACCCAACCACAUCAGCAUGUAUCGCCACGUAAGAGAAUUUUAAGGGAACUUGAGAAGGUGUCACUGGAAGAUACAAAAAGAUCCAGACCGAAAACGAAUGCAACAAUAAAUGGAAAUGUGACUGCAACAUUGAAUAAUAAUAAUAAUAAUCAUAAUAAUAUUAAUAACAAUACAUUCUCAAAUGGAAGUCUGAUAAAAACUGAAAAAGCACCGACCGUUUCUCGUCCAAUUAGCAGUUAUAGUAUUACAUCACUGUUAGCUCAUAAUACGUCGACAGGCUGUAAUAAUCUAAAUAAUAAUAAUAGUAUUAAUUCAAAUGACUCAUUAUCAACUAGUCACUUUCAUCAGCAACAGCAACAACAGCAGAGAUUAUCUCUUAACUCUCCACCAACACUGCCAUCGGCAAAAUCACCACAACAAAUGAUGCACAAUAAACGAAAAUCGCCAAAUACGUCGCCACCUAGACUAAAUCAAUCGAUAGGAUCACCAUCCCAAAGUCCGAGUCCCGAGCAUCAUGCUUUUCAUAAAUAUCGACCAAUAACGACAACGCCCACGUCAAAUGCUGCAUCAUCGUCACCAUACAAUAGCAGUUAUCAUUCACCGAAUUAUAUGCGUGGUUCACCAUCACCUCAUGAUAGAUUACGUACUACUGGAAAUUUCCAACAUUCACCCUCUCAUUAUGGAACGUCGUCGCCUCAACAACAACAGAAUUAUAGUGUUGGCGUGGCACAUAGAGAUUCCUCAUUAUCGCCAAAUGUCGAGAGAUCAUCGACAACGUCAAAUAAUAAUAAUAAUAAUAACAAUAAUCGAAGUACUCCAACAAGUUCGAGUAGUGGAAUUAGGACUGUUCCAAAGAAAACGGCUGCACUAAGGCAACAAUUUAGUUCACCGACUAUGGAAAGUUCAACUAAAAUCAGUAAAUCAGCAACGACUGCAGUGCAAAAUAUGAAGAAUGAAAAGCCAAUGGAUGUUGAUUCCUUGCUUAGACCUUCAGCAUUAGUUCCACCAUCACCAAUUUCUGCUGCUCUUGGUCAUCAUCCUGCCGCUUCAUUAAGUCACUAUCCGUACAUGUAUCCUCCGUUAAGUUACUUACCUCCAACUGUUCCACCAUAUUAUCCUUCAUUUUAUAAUCCAGCAAUGAUGGCAGCAGCAGCGGCAGCAGCUUAUAGAUUUCCAAUACCUGGAUAUCCUCAAACGGCUAAUUCAUUAUCUCCCGUAUCAAAUACACAUGCACCAUCUCAAAUUACAAAUCCCUCGUCGAACCAUUAUGAUAAGAAUUCAAAUGGACAUCCAAGAAGUUCAUCAAUCUCCUCAUCACCGCCAGAAGCAACAACAACUCAUCAUCAUUCAUACGUACCUACAUCGCCUUGGAAUCCAAUUUCAUUAACAAAUCAUCAUCAUCAUUCCAUCAGUGAUGGUAAUAAUUUAAUUUCAAAAGUAAAGGAUGAACAAAGUUCAGACGUCCCACUUAAUUUAUCGAAACAUUAGGACCAGAGAAAAUGUUAAUUGAAACAACAAUCAGGACAUUUUUUUCUUAUUGGAAAAAAAAUCUAUAUAUUUAAUAACAUAAUUAAGCAAGUAAGUAAACACACUAUUGAGGAUGAAAAAGUGAACAAUCAACAACCAAAGUCUGAAAUUAAAAAAAAAAUAUGAAAUAUGAAAAGUAAUUUACAAUUUGCUGCGAUGUGGACAACUGAAAGUGGGGAUAUGGUAGAGUACUGUUUGGAACCUGCAGUGUCAGGAGCAGAGUAGCUAUAUGUAGGCAAAUCUUUUGUAAUCCUCUCUUUUGUGAGGAGAUGGGUUCGAUUCUCAUUAGAGACUUUGUCAAGAUGUCAAGGAAUAUCACGAUAUUCAGUACCUUAAAUAAGCUUAGAGAGUGUUCAAACCUUUAAUUCCCGUAUUAAAGCUUUGAUUUAAACUUUGUCUUUGGAUUCAAGCUGAGAUUGAAGCUAGGAUCUCAUUGCUAAAUCUAUAGAUUGUUCUUAAAAUUGUGAUCGAAACUCUUUAGAGUCAACAAAUCGCUACACCAACUUCCCCACUUCCUAAAGCCGAUACAUGAGAAACGAAUCAACAUUUUGACAAUGUAUUGAUGGUGAAUUAAAACCAAUUUAGACAAGUUUUGUAAGAAAAAAUCAGGCACUUUAAGGACACAUACACAAACACACAAAAAAGAAUUCAUGAAUUAUAUAUAUUUAAGAGGAAUAUUGAGAAAUAUUUUCAUAAAUAUUUACAAAAAAAAAACAAACAAUUUUUACAACAAAGGAUGAAAAACAAAAAUGACGAAAAAUAAUAUAAUUAAAAGAUUUUAAUAAACGAUUUAUAAGGAAGACAUUCAAGGAAAAAGAAAUAAUAAUUUUAAUAGAUGAUAAGAAGAAAAAGUAAAAUCUAUUUAUGAUGUAAAAUUUCUACUUAUUGAAUUUAAAAGCCAUGGAAACUUUUUUGAAAAUGGCAUAACAUUACACGACAUUUAAAUUAUAAGAAUGACAGAAACAAAGAAAACAAAAAUCUGCUGAUAAAAUUACAUAAAUUAUUGAAGAAGAAAAGAUGUAUUUUUGAUAAUCGUUUGGAUGGGAUGUAAAAUUAAGCGAGAAGCGAACAAGAAUUUUUUUCUUCGUGUGCAGUUGAAUAUUUUAAUUGAGAGAAAUUCACAUUUUUCAAAAUUAAUAUCUUCAAUUUGAUGAUUAAAUUACGUGGUAACAUUAAUUUUUUUCAAUGUUGUAUGUCGCUCGGGAUUUUUCAAAGUCAAUUUUUAAAUCGCGUAAAUUAUAUACCUAGAGAAAAAUAAUGUUUUGGGGGGAGGAUUUAAAUGAUUGGAGAUGUUUUUGGAUGAUUUUUACACAAGACUGGUUUUUAAAUGGAAAUUUACAGAUAAAAUGUCACAAAGAAUAUUAAGAAAAGAUUACGUAUUAAGUAUUUAACGUACGUAAUAAAUAUGGCUUACGUACGUAACAAAUAUGGCAUACGUAUUUUUACGUACGCAAAAAAUAUGGCAUACGAAUUUUUACAAAAAUUAUUUCGACAAGAGUUCCUGAAAGAAAUGCCCAUAAAAAUCAAUCUCCAAUCAUUUUCAUCCCAAAAGUAAACGAAAAAUGAAGAAAAAAUAAAUUCAAUGGAAAAUUCUUUGUUCAAUGUAAAAUGCUUUGUUCGUGUUUAAUUAAAUUAACAAAAAUAUUUUGGCAUGAUACGUAUGUCUUAUGAUGGUGAUAGAAUUAAUGGGCUUUCAUAUAAACAAAAAAAAAAUUGAUAAUAUACACAUUGGCAGGCACAGUAUAAAAAUUGGAUCAUAAAUGGAAUCUCAAGAAUGAAAUUUAAAUAAUUUUUAAUUUUUUUUUUUAAAUUGAUAUAAAGUAUAUUCCCAUAGACUGAGAUGUAGAUUUUUUAGAAUGAACAAUGAAAAAAAGUGUAUUUUUACAAAAUUUUCUGAAAAGUUUUUGACCAAUUUGACGAUCAUUUUACACAUUAAAGAGAAGAGAGUAUUUACAAACAGUUUUAUACCUUAGGGGCAUCCAUAGGUGAUGUUUAUUGAAAAAUGAUGCUUUAGGCACGACCUAGCUCUGUAAGGAAUACUAAACCACCUAACCUUUACUGUGCGAAGUGGUCUGGAAAACUACGACAGAGCCAAGAGCUGGUUUAAAAUGUCAUUUUUUGAUCGCCGUCAUUUUUUAAUCAACCCCCGAAAAAGAAUUUCACACUUUUUAUUUGCAUAAAAAGAGAAAAUUUUUAUAAAAAUGUAUUAAGAGCAUCUUCAUAUUCCAAUUUUUAAAGGAACUAUUCGCACAAUAUACAAAACAUUCCAAAAAUAUAAAUAAAAUAAAACCAUUCUAUUUCGCCAAGUGCAAUCAGUGAAUAUUUUAUGCUGAAAAUUUUUUAAAAUUCAAAUCUAAUGCUACAAAACAUAAAAAAAUUGCGUCAAUGUGCCUUUAUAAAAAAUAUUUUUUAAAAAGCAAAAUAAAAACUUUUUUGGAAAUGACAAAUUUUUGCACAAAAACCAUCGUGAAGUUCACUUUAAGAAGCUCCAAAGUUGUACGCAAUUUCUCAACAGAACUUUUCAUUUUUCCACUCAAUUAAGAGACAUUCUUCUUUUUGACAGCGUGUUGCAGAAAAGUGAAAAGUUUUGAGGUCACAUGAGAAAUUAAAAAUAAAAUUUCUGUGGAGCUUCAGAAUGACGUAAAAUGAUUAUAUUCCUUAUCCUGAAGCUUUUCGGCUAAAAGAUACAACUUUGUUGCUUCUUAAAGAGCUUUAAUUCACGACAAAAACUUACAAACAGCGAUUUAAUAUAAAGAUUUUACAAAGUUAAUCCUUUCCAAACUUCAAACUUAAACAAUCUCUUCAGUGUGCCAAAAAUUAUAAAAAUCCUCUUCUUUAUUCCUAUAUAGACUUAUGUGCUGGCUGUAUUAAGCUUUAGGCAUGAUUAUUUGAUGUUUUUGAUCGAUUUUAUGGAGACUGGAUGUUAAAAAAUUCAACUGUUCUUAAAAUUGAUUUAAAAUCUUAAUUGGAUCUUGAAAAUAAUCCAGGUAGCUCUUCGAAAAGCUAAUAAAAAUUCAAAUAAGCAUGACUAAUACCUACAAAAGCACAUUAUAUUUGCAAGAUUCAUAAAUGCAGGAAUCCUUAAAUUUUCUUUAAAAAUCUACAAAAACUCAAUUAAAGAUUUUCAAGAUCUUCCUGAAUUUAUGAAUCUAAUCAUCUUCAUAUACAAGUCAUAGAAAUCAAAUCAACUCUGGCAUGUUAUUGCAUUUAAUUAUGAUUUAAACCAAGUAAAUUAGUUGAAUGGACUUAAUAGAAUUCAAAAUAUAAGAAAAUUAAAAUAGAGGCAGGGAUAUAAAAAAAUUGUUCAGACUUUUUAGAAAUUUUCAUACAAAGAAAUACAUAAAAUUAACAAAAUUAAGCCUUGAACUGAAGUUAAUUAGUCCUUAUAAUGAUAUUUGGACUUGAUGUGAAUGUGAAGAUUGAUAAAGGUAGCUAGUUUGAAUAUUUGGAUUGAUUUUUUGGCAGAUGAGAAUAGUUUCGUUUAGCAAGAAUCAUCUAAACAGCUAUUUGGAAAAAUCAUUUCGAAGGAAUGGAGAUAUUUGGAAUGUUAUCAUCUAAAUUUGUUCUCAGAUUAGACAAAAAAAAACAUUUAAAAACAUGAUCUGGGUUAGGUUGUCCUCACCUGUUGUCAAUCCUCAUAAAAAUCAAACUCCAAAACUGCCAAGAAAACAAAAUCCAACCAGAUUCAUUCAAAAUCGUCACUAGAAUCCAACGUCACUUCAUCUAAAAAAUGGAACAAAAAUUCCAAAAUAAAUCAAUCAAAAUAAACUUCAAUUUCCGUCAAAUUGAAUCAGAAAGUGAUCAAAAAAUUAAAGAAGAAAACUUGAAACUAAAUUUUCAUGAACGAUAAGACCUAGAAGAUGCAAAUGAGAGCAUUUUCCAAAUGAUAAUCAACAUAUAGUUUUAAUUAAUUAUCAUAAAUAGCAUCAAGAUGAAAAACAAAAACAAAAAAAAUGUCGCUUAAAAUGAUUAGUUAAUAAGUGAAAGUAAAAAAAAGAAAAAAAAAAAUUAAAAAAUUCCUUAGACUUACAUUUUGUUGUAAAUGCGAUGGACUAUAUAUUUGUAGAUUUUUAAGUUAAAAAAACAAUUAUUUCCUUUAUCUUAAUAUCGAUAUAAUUUUUAUUUUAUUAUAUAUGGUAUUUCUCAAAGCAUAAUUUAAUCAAAAUGUGUUUUCUUUAAAUUGUAAGGGCUUGAGGAUCAUAAAAAAUGGUAGAAAAUUAAAAAUUAAGUCUUUUUUGAUGGAUUUUUUUCUACUUUAUGGAAAAAUUAAUUGUCGUAAUGAGAAAAAAAAACAGUAAUUAUAUUAUAUUACAUUGUAUAAAUAUAUUCAAAUGACUUUUUUGCUUAAAAUUAAUUUCACAGAAGAAAAAAAAAACAAGAAUGAGUAAAAAGAAAUCAUUGAUAUAUGUAGAUUAGUUAUUAUAAUUAAUAAUAUUAUAAUUUUUAAUUCACUUAAUAUUUACUCUCAAUUUAAAUCUCAUUUUUGAUGCUAAGUUAAAUUUAAUCUAUAAUAAAAAUAAACAAGAUUGAGGAUAAUAAGCUAUUAUUCAAUGCAAUUAUGAGUAACUGGAACAUUAAUUAUACUGAGAACUUGGUCUGUUUCUGUGUUUUACAUCGAUAGGUUCUAUUUGACUUAAUCCUUACAACCGACGUUUAUGUAACCUAAUAUUACUCUAGGAUUUUAUUCUAGGAUUCAAACUAAAGUAUAAUUCAAAUCAUAAGUCAGAAUAACUCGUACUUUAAAUCUUGGAAAGUUUAUACUAUUGAGGAACACUAGCUAAGCAAACUUAUAUGGCUGGUAUUACUUUAUAGUGUGAUUCAGUUUAAACUAAAGAAUGAACUAGUUCAUUAUAUAGUUUUUAUCCUAAGGGCUUCGUUUAUAGUAAAGUAUGUCCUAUCUAAGAUUUUAGACAAGAGAUAUACCCUAGUGUUUAACAAAGGAGAUCUCUAGACUGUAUAAUUGAUUAUUGUCUUGAACCUGGAUUUGAAUAAAUCUAUUCGAUUACAACCUUAAAUUUUAACUAGCAUUCAAAUCUAAUUAAUCAUCAAAAUAAAUGAAAUAAGAAGCCAAGGGAAAUAGAAAAAUGCUGUAAAACACAGAAACUAUCUGGUUUAGAAAUAAUUGCUGAGGAAAAGACACAAGACAUAUAAAAAGCUAAUUAUAAUUCAUUUUAUAAGAACAAUUGUAUAUCCUCAUUUCAGCAGUAUUGUUUGAUUAUGAUAACGCACACAAGACAUAAAUCGUGAAUUGACUCGUGCAGAUUUAUCAUUGAGCUUAAUUAAAUAAUUUCCUCUCAUUUUUAAUGGUUUCUUUUCAUGUGUCAAUUCAGAGCUCUCUAAAAAAAUGAAAAAAUAUAUGAAGUAUAUAAAAAUUCUUAUUAAAAAAUGAUUCCAUUUUUAUUAUGAACCUUAAUUAAUCAAAUGAUGAAAAAAAAUCCACACAUAAAAUUUUUUUGUGAGAAUUGUGUGCAAUUUAAAAUUUUUAAUAUAUAAUUUGUUUUUUGUAGAAAAGCAAGGAUGAAAAUUUUCUUUAAUUAAUUAUCAAAAUUAUAAAAACAAAAAAAAAACAGCUGAAAAAAAGAUGAAAAACUAACAAGAAAUGCAUUAUAUUGAAUAUUUUUACUCAAGAUGAUAAAAUGAAAUAAAAG